AUGGCGUCCCUACAUCAGAAGCGUCCCAGCAUUAGCAACUGGUUCUCCUCCCUGCGCCGCCAGCCCAAGAACAAGAAGAGCUCCGCCGGCCUGGGCGGCAGCGGCAGUUUUGGCAGCAAGCAGCAGUUGCAGAGGAGCUGCUUCGACCUCUCCUCCACGGCAGCGUUGGGCAGCGGGGCGGUGGACGUGGGCGUGGGCAUAGGGUACUCCAUAGCGGGUUCGCGGAACAGUCGGAGCAAUAGUACAUUCUACAUCGGUCCAUCCUCUGGAGGUAAGGACGAUCAGCACCAUCGGCUGCUAGACAAUGGCAGUAGUGGGAGCAGCCUGAGCAGCGUCUGCACCCGCUGCUUUUGCAAUCUCCUAACGAAAGGCAGCGAGACAAGCAAACCCAAGGCUCCUACGCUGCCGCUGGACUCUCCCAAAAUCACGCACAAGCCGCCCGCCAAGCCCCGCUCCCCCUCGCUGGCCCCCUACACCAGCGUGGCCACGUACAAUGUAACGAACCUCUCGCCGGACAGUCCUCCCCCAGCCAGCCCCACCUUUAGCACGGAAACCGUGAGCUGUAGCGACGUGACCCGCAAGGUCACCGAGGUGCAGCGCCUGCCCUGCGAUGAGGCCAACACGGAGCUCUUCAGUAGACGGGUCGAGUACAAGCACACCACUACCACAACGACGACGAAAACUACGAUUGUGUCCCGACCUGUGGAGCUACUGCUAAAUAAAAAGGGCGAGAUCAUCGGAAGAAGGUCUCCGCGCAAAACACGCUCCAACUCCUUGGGCUGCAUGCUGGAUACGCUAGAUACCGAGACAGAAACGGAAACGGAAACGGGCAGCGGGGUAAUGGGAAUGGACAACCCCGGCCUGCAACUGGAUUCGGAUCCCAGCUCGGGACUCAGUUCACCUUCACCGCUGACACCUGAUGCCGGCGAUCUGCGCUUCAUCGAUGACAGCUCCAACUCGCAGAGCGAGUCCGAGCGGAAUUCGCUCAGCCAGAAUCGGCACAAAAACAACAACAAUAGCAGCCAUAUCAACAAUAAUAACAAUAACAAUGAUGUCAGCAAUGGCAGCAGCAAGCGGAGUAGCCAGCAAUCGAAUCUCUGCGAGAGUUGUCGCACACUCCUCGAGCGAAACCGCAGCAAUGCGGAGCAGAGGGAGAGUAAUGUGAUCCUCCGGCGACCGGGAAAGCAAAUCAAAGAUGAGUUGUGCGAGGUUGUCUCCGAAAUGGAGGCGCUGGACGUGCCCGAAGACUGCAAGCAUUCCAAUAAGGACAAACAGAUGUCUAUUGGCCGGAAAAAGUUCAAUAUGGAUCCGAAGAAAGGCAUCGAGUAUUUGGUAGAGAACAGACUGCUUCGUCACGAUCCCCAGGAUGUGGCGCAUUUCCUUUACAAAGGCGAGGGCCUGAAUAAGACGGCCAUAGGCGAUUACCUCGGCGAAAAGAACGAUUUCAACGAGGAUGUCCUGAAAGCCUUUGUGGCGCUCCACGACUUUACAAAUCUCAUUUUAGUGCAAGCCUUAAGACAAUUCCUUUGGUCGUUUCGGUUGCCGGGCGAGGCGCAAAAGAUCGAUCGCAUGAUGGAGUGCUUCGCCCAGCGAUAUUGCCAACUCAAUCCGGAUAUAUUCACAAACACGGAUACCUGCUAUGUGCUCAGCUUUGCUAUUAUAAUGCUCAAUACUUCUCUGCACAACCCAUCGGUCAAAGACAAGCCAACCGUUGAGCAAUUUAUCUCGAUGAAUCGUGGCAUCAACAACGGCGGCGACUUGCCACGGGGCCUGUUGGAGUCCCUCUACGAGUCCAUUCGAACAGAGCCAUUCAAAAUACCCCAGGACGAUGGCAAUGAUCUGAUGCACACCUUCUUCAAUCCCGACAAGGAGGGCUGGCUAUGGAAGCAAGGCGGCAGAUACAAAUCGUGGAAGCGACGCUGGUUCAUUUUGAAUGACAAUUGCCUGUACUACUUUGAAUACACCACCGACAAGGAGCCACGCGGCAUUAUACCUUUGGAGAAUAUAUCGGUGCGGGAGAUUCACGAUCGGAGCAAACCGCAUUGCUUUGAAUUGUUUGCAACCGGGGGAGCUGACAUAAUCAAGGCCUGCAAGACUGACUCCGAGGGCAAGGUGGUGGAGGGCAAGCAUACUGUGUACCGCAUGUCCGCCGCAACGGAGGAGGACCAACAGGAGUGGAUCAAGCGACUGACGCAGUCCAUUAGCCAUAAUCCUUUCUACGACAUCCUAGUACAAAGAAAGAAAAAGGCGCUAAGCAAGAGUUAAUAUUGCGGACGGACCUCUGGCUCGGCGCCCCCCUUUUGUCUCUCGGAUCUCAGUGAAUCUUUUGCUAAGCGUGUGUGGUGUGCUGCCCCCUCUUCCUAUUUAUACAUACAUCCCGGAUAUUAUAAGUCUAACAAUGUGUUUGUGAGAACUUCCCCCCGUCAAACCAAUGCCUGUAACUAGUUAGUUAACUGUGUGGUUUCUCAUGCCCAAAAUGUUGUCCUAGUAUUCAGUUUGAUCGACUCGAAACGAGCCAUCACACGCCGACGCUCUUCGAACCAUAUAAACUUUUGUCUCUAUUGUUGUGAUAUAUAAUUUAUUUACAUUAGGAAUUAACGAUAAUAUGGUAUGAAAACAUCAAGUUGCAUCAAUAGGAAAUACAUUUAUAAAACCAUUUUCAUUAGUGCAA